AUGUGGAUUCAUAAUGGGGAGGGAAGAAGCAUGUCCCGUCUGUCUCUAACACGGUCCCCAGUUUCUCCGCUGGCUGCUCAAGGAAUUCCUCUCCCAGCUCAACUCACCAAGUCAAAUGCUCCUGUGCACAUCGAUGUAGGAGGACACAUGUACACCAGCAGCCUGGCUACCUUGACGAAGUAUCCAGACUCCAGAAUAAGUCGUCUGUUUAAUGGCACAGAGCCUAUUGUCUUGGACAGUUUAAAACAACAUUAUUUCAUUGAUCGAGAUGGUGAAAUUUUCAGAUAUAUAUUAAGCUUCCUAAGGACAUCUAAGCUACUGCUCCCAGAUGACUUUAAGGACUUUAAUCUUUUAUAUGAAGAAGCAAAGUAUUACCAGCUGCAGCCAAUGAUUAAGGAACUUGAGCGAUGGAAACAAGAGAAAGAACAAAGGAAACAUUUCCAGCCUUGUGACUGCUUAGUCGUAAGAGUGACUCCAGAUCUGGGGGAAAGAAUUGCAUUGAGUGGGGAGAAAGCUUUAAUAGAAGAGAUCUUCCCGGAGACUGGGGAUGUCAUGUGCAACUCCGUCAACGCUGGCUGGAACCAGGACCCUACCCACGUUAUUAGGUUUCCUUUGAACGGAUACUGCCGGUUGAAUUCAGUGCAGGUGCUCGAAAGGUUAUUUCAGAAGGGAUUUAACGUGGCAGCUUCCUGCGGUGGUGGGGUGGAUUCCUCUCAGUUCAGUGAAUACGUGUUGUGUCGCGAGGACAGACGACCACAACCUACCCCAACGAUCAGAAUAAAACAGGAGCCCCUGGACUAGACCCUACCCGUACUCCUUUGUAACCGUAGAAGUGUUUAAUAGUCCCUUAUGUGAAACACUAAGGAUUUGCAAAACAGUAUUAGCAAACAGAUUUUGACUUUAUGUUGCCCAUUAGUGGUAUUCUGAAACUACCUGUCACAUAGCCAGCCAUGAAAUGCAUUUGAGAGACCAGUUGUCCGUUUUUCACGAUGAAAUUCCUGAGCAUGCUCAGCGUACCAGGCCUGCUGGGGAUGUACUUUGGGCUGAGCAGCUGUGGCGGUGAAACAGGCAAAGCUUCAUAAACCCCUGACCCUCGAUUGGACUUCUGCAGAAAGACCAGUGAAAGCAGUUUGAGUAGAUCAGCAGGAGAAACGGUUCCGACAGCCUUUCCAACGACACCCCAAUGCUGUGAUACUUGGAAGUGGGCGCCUCCGAGAGGAAGCUGGUACACUAAAAACUGCACUGAGUAUCCUCCCCGACUGCCGUACCUCCUUCAUAUCAGAUGUGCUUUACACCUCCAUACAUGACGUACACUUCUGUGAUUGUACUCACUCAUGCUAGCAAAUGGCUUAUUUUUAUACAACAUUUCCAACUGAAAUAUCUCUCUGUGGACAGAAUCCAGAAUCGGAGAAGGACCGAUUUAUAGUCAACUGGUGCU